AUGUCCGGCCACGCCCCCGAGCCUUCCUCCGUCAACGACGACGACCUCUUGCCGACUGAGACUGCCGGGUACAAGGUCGGACAGGCAAAGACGCUCGAGGAGUAUGCGACCCUGGACGCCGAGGACGAGAGUCUUGCGCGGUGGAAGGCCUCGCUGGGAAUCGGUGCAGGCGGCGCAUCAGCAGCUCCUUCCGCGGGACCAAGCGUCCAAGUCCUCAGCCUCUCGCUCCACUCGCCUUCUCGACCUACGCCUAUCGAACUUGACUUGACGCAGGCUGACAAGCUCAAGUCGCUCAAGAAGGAGCCCGUGACGAUCAAGGAAGGCGCCGAGUACAGCGUCGAGAUCAAGUUCCGAGUCAACAACCUCGUCUCGGGCCUGAAGUACAUCCAAGCGGCGAAGCGAGCAGGCAUGACGGUCGACAAGCUCGAGUCGAUGAUCGGCUCGUACGGCCCCUCGCCCGAGCCCGUUACCAAGCGCUUCGUAACCGAAGAAGCGCCCUCAGGGAUGCUCGCUCGUUCCGGCUCGUACACAGUCCGGUCGCGCGUGAUCGACGACGACAAGAACGUGUAUGUCGAUUUCGAGUGGACGUUCAAGUUGGCCAAGGAGUGGUAG